AUGGAAGGAAAGACGCCAGACACGAUGCGUCCGCGGCAACUGAGAAAAGAAGGAGAGCGGGACUCGCGUGUGGAGAAGGCACUGAUGGAAGGGGAAAAACAUUUUUUGUCAAACCUGCAGCCGUCCUCUUCCCUUUCGGGGUCUGGCGCCUCGCCUGAUGGCCACUCUUGGACCUCGCUGUCCUCGGCAUCCGACCUCUCACUCUCUCACUUGUCUUCGGCGAGCGCGAAAACGCUUCAUACGGCCGAGUACGAGUUGUCUGCGUCGGGUUCUGCUGUCGCGUGCUCAUCAAUGCCUUCACUGUGCUCGACUGCGCCGCCAGCUGCCUCGUCCUCUUCGUCACAUUCUACUUUCUCCUCUCUGCCGCUUCCGUCUUCGCAGUCUUGUUCUCGUCUGUCUUCAUCGCACGGUUGUUUAGCGAGUCCGUCCCUCUCGUCUGCCUCUCUGGCGUCGUCUUCGCGUGCGCAGGAGCGGACUGCGGCGUGCGCCUCGCUGUGUUGUCUUGGUAGAAGUCUGGCGCCGAUUCAAGACGCGGGGAGUCUCCGGCGGCCGCGCUGGUUUCUCGCGGCGCCCUCUCCUCACUUGCUCGCGCUUCUUCAGCGGGAAGCCGCGCGCUGCCGUGCGACCGAGCCGCGCGCGGCCCCUCAGGCUCCGUCUUCGCCCUCCGCCGCCUCGGCUCCACUCCGGCCUUCCUCGGGUUCUCCGCCGGAUACAGUUGAAAAGCAGAAGAGAGGAGAGAGUGAGCGCGAUGGCAGCAGCGCGGCGCUACUCCACCCCCCAGCGGGGUGCUUCCCCAGCGGGCAAAGAUCAGCAUCUUCGGCGGCUGUACCGACUCACCGAGCCCCGCGAAAGGCGCGGGACUGUCCCGAGGAUCCGCAGGCGGUGGAAGGAAAAGCACGAGAGCAAGGGCGCGACAGCGAGAAGGAAAUGGCGGAGGCGGCAGUCACUGUCCGCCAGGGACUCCUGGACGCCGCAAGGGGGGACGCCAUCCCGGAGUCGGCGUGUUUGCCUCCGUCUUUGCCGUCGUCUGCCGUCUGUGCGGGCGCAGAUGAGCAAGCGAAAACAGUGGACGGAAUACAGGCAGAUGCGCUGUCUGGCGCGCAGCGCAGUUCCACGUCCCGGAGGGAGAAACCGGGGGGCGAGGGCUCGCCGUCUGUGCCUGCUUCGAGUCUGCCCGCUCCGCCUUCCGCAGCUCCAGUUUCGUCUUCUGCGUCGCCUUCUUCCUCUUUCUGGACUUCGCGUCAGCGUGAGGGAGUUGAGCCAUCCGCCUCGUCCUCGCAAAUGUCUGACGUCGUUUCCGCUUCUUCGCUGCCUGGUGAGUCCUUCGGUUCGUCUUCUUCCGCGUCCGUCCCGUGUCUUUGUCGCGGCUGGCCUCGUGACGCGGGAUCGCUUCCACUCUGCGACACGUGCGAGGAGAGGAGUGGCGCGGCUCCGUCUUCUUCCGUAGACGGCGAAGGCGCCUUGGCGAAUGCGCUGGCUGCGGCGCCCUGGCCUCCAGGCGUGCUGCCUGGAACCGAGGGCUCGACGGUCUCACUUUCUGACCUCGCGUGUCCGCUGCCCCCGGCGCUGCUGCCGGAAGAGGACGCGAGUUGGGCCAUGGUGCUGCUCCCUGCGGCAAAGAAGAGAGAGGAGACGAGGGGGAAGGAGCGAGAAGCUGAGGCCGGCGGAGACGCGCCGCUGGCCAGGUCUGCCGCCUGUCCAGAGGACGAGGGGACGGCAGGCGAAGGGCCAGAGACAGCAGCGGCAGACGCGGCGGUGGGACUCCACGAAGUUACGAGUCAUCUUGCGGCCUCUGUUCUGCUGGAAGAAGGCGAGGAAGAUCCUGUCAAGACUCUCGCAGUGACCGCCGUCACCGCGCAUGCAGCCGCCGCGGCGGGGGGGAUUGUCCUCGGUUCCGAUGAAGGCGGAGAUGACCCUAUCGGGGGGGUUUUUUACGCAGUGGGGGACGAGGGGAGUGUCGAGUGGACGGAGGGCGGAGGAGCCCUAGAGAGUGAAGAAGGGGGACAGCGAGGCGCGGAAGCGGAGCGCGACGAUGAAGCCGCGCAAGGGCUCGCCGAGGUGAAACGAGAGGCCGCCGACGGGGUUUCAGGGUAUAGGGAAGCGCCGCCAGCGCCGCGGAGGCAGGAGAGGAGCCAGGAGGCAGGGCAGAGAGGAGUGAAUGCCCCAGGGCAAGAAAGUGAACAGGAGUCACCCGCCACAGAGAGCCGCGCCUGUUCUGUCUCUCUUGGCGCGGACCGAGGCAGGGCAGACGUGUCAGCGGCGGGUGUGGGGGUGGAGGCGCAGAGGCAGAAAGCCAAGUCGCUGUGCGUGUCGCAGUCGACAUUCUCCACUCAGGCGGCCGCUGCGCAUGCGGGAGCUGGGGAGGCUGUGACUGGGGUUGAAGAGAGCUCGCGAGAUCGCGUGUCUGCGUUGUCUCCUUCUUCCGACCGGUUUGCCGCGCCGUGGGCGUCUGCCGCUUUGUCUCACUGCCCCUUCGACAAACGAGAGCCAACUGAGGCGGGGCGCGCGGAGCGAGAAGGGCAAAAAGAACGAAGAGAUGAGGUCGAGGCAGCAGUGAUGCAGAGAGAUGAAGAGGCAGAGGACGACGAGGCGAAUAGGAGCCGGGGAGGCGGGCGCCGCGCGCACGGCGUGGCAUCCGACGAGGACGAACGGGAGGGCGAAGGGAGCGGAGGUGAAGAGGCAGACAUGUGGAGCGAGGCCGAGGAAGAAGAGGAAGAAGAAGCGCGCGCGGAUGCGCGGGCGAUGGCGAGGGAGAGAGCUGCUCGGUGGAUGCGAGCUCGAGAGAUGGCGAGAGACAAGUCGGCAGAACGCGGAAGCGGAAAAGAGAGAGAGCGCCGCGCAGCCAGGCGGCUGCGAAAAGGAGAGACUCCCGAAGAGAGCAUGUCUCCGUCGUGGAGCGACGAAGAAAAAGACGCGCCGCCCCGCGGCGGCGGAUUGACGGGCACCCCGCAGACGCACACGUCGUUUUCCACGUACUGUUCUUCGUCCGCGUCGCCGUUGCUGUCCUCGUCCUCGUCUUCAUCGCCUCUCUUGCCUCCUUCUUCUCCUGCGCUUUUGUCUGCGGCCUCGUCGCCGGACCUGUCCUGGUCCGCCUCUUUCUCUGUGGUGCCUCCGCUCGCGGGCGCGCACCCCUUUCCUGCGUACGCGCCGCGUCGCGGCGUCACCGCGGAACUGAAGCGCAAAAGUUCUUCUGCCGGCUCGGCUGGCGGCGGCGCAUCGUUCGCUGAAGCCCGGCGUGAGGCCGCUGAUGGAAGAGGCGUGGGAAAGCGAGGAGGGAGAAGGGACGACGCCUGCGAAGAGGAGCUGCGAGCUCCCGGUCCCCGGACGGCGCGCGCAGCGGGCACGGAGAAGAUCAGAGAGGGAGAGGAAACGCGGUCGAGAGAGAAGGGAGACUCACGCUCUGUUGCCUCCGUGAUCUGCGAGGACCGACGCGGAGGGGGCGGGGUUCAGAGAGGCCCCGAAGGAGGCGAUGACGGGCACGGAGGGCCCUCGCGGAAGACAAGUGGCGACAGACUCGGGCAGUCGAGUGCGGAGAGCCCGCAGCUGCUUUCAGCUUCACAGACUCCGCGCUCAAGCGUCGUCGAUCUGGGGGGCUUCAUUCUUCCGCCACCGCCUCCUGCGACGCUGCCGCCUUCGCGAGCGCGCGCAGUCCUCCUGCAGGCGCCAGACAAAACGAAAAUGAGAGGAAAGGGUGCCGAGGAAAAAGGCAACGAAGCGUCGCGCCGCCAAGGCGCAGACUCUCCCACGCUCGCGCCUUCGGCCGCGGUUGCAUCUCCGCGCUUGGCAAGGAGCUCCCACGGCUCCUUCGGGGAGACAAGCCCUCGUCCAGAAGCAGAAGGUUCAAACAUGCGCGGCGGCGUUGGAAGCGACGGCGACGGAGAAAGCGAGAAGAAGGGGCGCGGAGACGGCAAGGCAGACCAGGGGUGUCUGUCGUUUCCUUCGGCCUCGCCGUCGGUUUCCUCCCGCAGUGCAGGGCGCGUUCCUUUUGAGAGAAGAAGCUACUUGUUGAUCAAAAAGCUGAAUUUCAUUCUGAGGCACGGCGCACCUCUCUUCAAGCUCCCCAUGAGGGAAGACGGCUACGUGCGCAUUCGUGAACUGCUUGAACUCGAGUGUAUGAAGGGCGUCACGUGGGAAGAGAUCUACUUGGUUGUCGCGUCAAACUUCAAGCGGCGAUACGAGAUUUGCUACGACCCGAGAGAGCCUGAGCACGCGGGGCGAGACUCCGUUCUCGUCGUCGAUGCAGGGCAGCGGCUGCCACCGGCUCCCAAGGCAUCCGCUGCCGCGCCUCCUCCGUCGCGUUCGAGUGAGUUGACGCCGAAGAUCUUUCCGCUGUCUUCGGGGAUGGCGAGGAAGGCGGUGCUCUCUGCGGACACGCGGGGGGGGAGCGAAGACGAGCUCUCGUUGUUCCAAGGCACCCCGCCGUUCCCGUCGUCGGCCACUCCGCAUUUGAUCAACGACCGCUGGCUGCUUCGCGCCACGCAGGGCCACACCAUUCGCCACAUCUCCAGCGAGCUGCUUCUCCGCCGCAUUCGCGACCCUGCCGAGAUCCCCAAAUGCGUCCACGGCACCUACAUGAAGAAUUGGCUAGCCAUUCGCACCGUGGGCCUGAGUCGCAUGCACCGAAACCACAUUCACUUCGCGCCUGGGCUCCCGUGCGAAUGUGGAGUAGUCAGCGGCAUGCGUCAAACGAACGACGUGGCGAUCUACGUUGACGUCGAGCGCGCGAUGCGCGACGGAAUCCGAUUCUUCGUCUCAAACAACAACGUGAUUCUCACCGAAGGCAUCCGCGGAAAGCUAGCUCCGAAGCACUUCAAGCGGGCGAUCCACCUGAAGUGGGACGUCGUUUUGUUUGAGGACGGCCAGGACUUCACGCCACUGUACUUUGACCGGCUGCCGGCUGAGCUGAGGCUCGAGACCAGCAAAGCCCUCUUCGCGCAGGAGCUGGCGCACGCGCAAGUCCUUGAUGACUCGCCCUGCGGCCCUACGACCGCCGCGCUGCUGGCGGAGGGAGACCUCUGCGGCGGCGAAGGCGCUGAGAACCUCGGCGCGGGGGAGGCGCAAAUUCCGAGGGCACCUGCGUGA